GGCGGCGGCGGUGGCGGCGGCGGAAGCGGCGAGGGCGGCAGGCGUCCGGCUCUGAGGUGGUGAAGGCGGCGGCGGCGGCGGCUCCGGACUGGGCUGGGCUGGGAGCGAGCUUAUAUCCGAGGCGCCGGGUCCAGCGCGGACCUCCUGGCUCGAGCAUCCGCCCGCCGCCCGGACGCCUGGGCCGCGGAGUUGGUGUCCCGGCUCGGACCCCGGCGCCCAGCCCGGAGCCGUAACCUUGAGGCGGCGGCGGGGCCGGGCCGGGCCGGGCCGGGGGGCGGCGGCGGCGCUGGAUCCCCGGCUGCCCGAUCGUUGGCGGGAGAUGUCGAACCCAGGGACGCGCAGGAACGGCUCCAGCAUCAAGAUCCGUCUGACAGUAUUAUGUGCCAAGAACCUUGCAAAGAAGGACUUCUUCAGACUCCCCGACCCCUUUGCAAAGAUUGUUGUGGAUGGAUCUGGGCAGUGCCACUCAACGGACACUGUGAAAAACACAUUGGACCCAAAGUGGAACCAGCACUAUGAUCUAUACGUUGGGAAAACUGAUUCUAUAACCAUCAGCGUGUGGAACCACAAGAAAAUUCACAAGAAGCAGGGAGCUGGCUUCUUGGGCUGUGUGCGGCUGCUCUCCAAUGCCAUCAGCAGAUUAAAAGAUACCGGAUACCAGCGUUUGGAUCUAUGCAAACUAAAUCCCUCAGAUACUGAUGCAGUUCGUGGCCAAAUAGUGGUCAGUUUACAGACGCGAGACAGAAUAGGCACUGGAGGGUCUGUGGUAGACUGCAGAGGACUCUUAGAAAAUGAAGGAACCAUGUAUGAAGACUCCGGGCCUGGAAGGCCACUCAGCUGCUUCAUGGAGGAGCCCGCCCCUUACACAGACAGUACUGGUGCUGCUGCUGGUGGGGGGAACUGCAGGUUUGGGGAAUCCCCGAGUCAAGAUCAAAGGCUUCAGGCACAGCGGCUCCGAAAUCCCGAGAUCCGAGGGUCCCUCCAGACGCCUCAGAACCGCCCGCAUGGCCACCAGUCCCCAGAACUGCCCGAAGGCUACGAACAAAGAACAACAGUGCAGGGGCAAGUUUACUUUUUGCACACACAGACUGGAGUGAGCACGUGGCACGACCCCCGAAUCCCAAGUCCCUUGGGGACCAUUCCUGGGGGAGAUGAAGCUUUACUAUACGAAUUCCUUCUGCAAGGCCAAACAUCUGAGCCCAGAGACCUUAACAGUGUGAAUUGUGAUGAACUUGGACCACUGCCACCAGGCUGGGAAGUCAGAAGUACAGUUUCUGGGAGAAUAUAUUUUGUAGAUCAUAAUAACCGAACAACCCAGUUUACAGACCCACGGUUACACCACAUCAUGAAUCACCAGUGCCAACUAAAGGAGCCCAGCCAGCCGCUGCCGCUGCCCAGUGAGGGCUCGGUGGAAGACGAGGAGCUUCCCGCCCAGAGAUACGAGAGAGAUUUAGUUCAGAAACUGAAGGUCCUCAGACACGAGCUUUCGCUUCAGCAACCCCAAGCCGGUCAUUGCCGCAUCGAAGUAUCCAGAGAAGAAAUAUUUGAGGAGUCUUAUCGCCAGAUAAUGAAGAUGCGACCAAAAGACUUGAAAAAGCGACUAAUGGUGAAAUUUCGUGGGGAAGAAGGUUUGGAUUAUGGUGGCGUGGCGAGGGAGUGGCUUUAUUUAUUGUGCCACGAAAUGCUGAAUCCAUAUUAUGGGCUUUUCCAAUACUCUACGGACAACAUUUACAUGUUGCAAAUCAACCCAGAUUCCUCCAUCAACCCUGACCACUUGUCUUAUUUCCAUUUUGUUGGUCGAAUCAUGGGUCUGGCUGUGUUCCAUGGACACUACAUAAACGGGGGUUUCACAGUCCCCUUCUAUAAGCAGCUACUGGGGAAACCCAUCCAGCUCUCUGAUUUGGAAUCGGUGGAUCCAGAACUACAUAAGAGCUUAGUGUGGAUUCUAGAGAACGACAUCACCCCGGUGCUGGACCACACUUUCUGUGUGGAGCACAACGCCUUCGGGAGGAUCCUCCAGCACGAGCUGAAGCCCAACGGCAGGAACGUGCCCGUCACUGAGGAGAACAAGAAGGAAUACGUCCGGCUGUACGUAAAUUGGAGGUUUAUGAGAGGAAUCGAAGCCCAGUUCUUGGCUCUCCAGAAGGGGUUUAACGAGCUCAUUCCUCAGCACUUACUGAAGCCCUUCGACCAGAAGGAACUGGAGCUGAUCAUCGGUGGCCUGGACAAGAUAGACCUGAGCGACUGGAAGUCCAACACGCGGCUGAAGCACUGCGCGGCCGACAGCAACAUCGUCCGGUGGUUCUGGCAGGCGGUGGAGACCUUUGACGAGGAGAGGAGGGCCCGGCUCCUGCAGUUCGUGACGGGGUCCACCCGCGUCCCCCUCCAAGGCUUCAAGGCUCUGCAAGGUUCUACAGGCGCCGCAGGGCCCCGGCUCUUCACCAUCCACCUCAUCGACGCCAACACAGACAACCUGCCGAAGGCCCACACCUGCUUUAACCGGAUCGACAUUCCACCUUAUGAGUCUUACGAAAAGCUCUACGAGAAGCUGCUGGUAGCGGUGGAAGAGACCUGUGGGUUCGCUGUGGAGUGAAGAGCAGCCAAAGGCCACAGAUUCUAGCUCACGGCCACCAGGCCAAAGCCUCCGCUCGGCGCCGCCUGGAGCGGCCGAGGCGCUGGUUCCAGAGGCCCCGGGAGGGCCCGCGCUGUUGGAGCGAGGGCAGGGGACUUUGGCUCAUGGCUCUCACCCCCUCUCCUCCUUACGACAGUACUCCCACCCUCCAUCGCCAUCCAAUAAAACGCAGCCAGCUUUAGAUCUGGCUUCGCUCACACAGGAUGCUCUGCUCCGGUUGUAACAUCCGGCCGUAGGCUCACUGCCCUGUGGUCUUUGCAGGAGGCUCUACCGAGUCAUGAACUGAGCUCAGCCUUCUGAGCGUUUGGAACUGGUAGCUACGCUGGCGAUUCUGUCAGGACAGUCCUGAGGCCGCUUUCCAAAGUCCAAAUUUCACUUCCUGGCAGCCUGCUCUGGGUCGAAGAUUAACCUCCCCCUGAAAACUUACUGCAAAUACACGCUCACCGGAUCUGCCACGGCAGGAGCUUCCGUCCUAAGCGUGCAGGGCAGCGUUAGCUGGGGGCCAGGGCUUUUCUUUCCAGCACGUCCUGGUUGAAAUUUUUGUUCUGCGUAGAGAAAAGUGAUCUUUCCUUUUAAGAGUCCUUUUCGCCACAUUAUCUACCCAGUUUGAAAUACUUUCCCAGCGGAAAUACCCCAGGACAGAGCUCCCGCACCACAGGGCUCAGCGGGCCACUCGGACACUAACACACUAUUCUGCGGAAAGUGCUAACAGCUACGCUAAUAAAACAAAAUUCUGUUCUGAUAGCUGCUGGUUUGGUGCAAACUAGCUUAAAAGGGAGAGAGGGAACAGGUAACCUCAAUGACCGAACUCCACCCCAAGUUACUAUUUUACAGAAAGAGGUGUGGGUGGCCCUGACGGCAGAGGGAGGUGAGGUGGUGCCGCUGACAAGUGCUACUUGGUUUGCGCGCCCUGAUGUCUUCAUGUGACGAGCAAGGCCAGAGCACGCCGAGACCCUCCUGCUGGCCCCGCUCCAGUUGGCACAGACGGGCAGCGUGUGACAGCAGCUGGGCUCCAGAGAGCUCAGAUCGCGGGGAACAGCAGCAGCCACAGGUUUUUCCGUCCGGCGUUUUGUUUUGUUUAGGGGCAAGUACAGGGUCAUUCAUUAGCGAGACGUUUCACUGUUGAGACUUGGCUGCUGAGGCUUCUGACUCAGCCGUUGGUCAGGUGGGUUGGAAGGAGCGUUUGCCAGCUGUCCCGCCGUCUGGUGUCACUGACGCUGGACCGCGGCGGGUGGAGGCACACCAGCUUCUCAUCUCACUGGGUCCCGGGCUUGCCUGGAAGCAGCCUGUCAUUUGGCAUGGGGGUGCUCAGCGCUCGCCCUGCACAGAGGUUCAUCCAGUCUGUGGGCACGACUGCCAGCUGUGGACUCUGAGAGCUGAGCCCUGGGCUACUUCCUGGGGCUCGGAGAGAAGGGAUGUCACGUGUGACUUGGCGUAGAAGGAAAACGUCGUCCAGCCACUGAGCCCCGGCCGAACUGUGGCUUUGUCUCCAGGAGUCCCGCCGGGUCCCAGUGGGGCCUGUCCGGUGCCUCAUUUCCCCCGAUGCUGAGGGCCUCCUAGGCGCUCAGUGACCCCGUCCGGCCUCGUCAUCUUCCGGGAGGAGGAGGGAGCGGGAGGGACAGACCUCCCACCAGGUAGGUCCUCCCCCGGAACCUGCCCGGUGGGAGAGGAGAGGACAGCCGAGCCCGCAGUGCUUGGGCAGGAAGUGAGGGUGCAGAGGUGGGAAGGACUUGGCAGCAGGAAGGUUGCAUUUGACCAUGUGUGACCGCCUUCCUGCCGUCGGGAGGAGCCGGGAACACCCUCCACAUCGGCCCCUGCCGGCCCGCCUGUUCCCGCCGGUCAGGUGUCUCCCCAGCGAGAUCCAAAGGUCACGUCUGGUCCUCCGGGAGCUGCCUGGGACACGAGUCACCGCCCAUAAGGCCUGGGUCUCUGCUUUUGCACUUAACUUGCCCGUGGGCCCCUCAUCAGCCGAGUGUUACGAGGAGCCUGAAAAGCAGACCUUCCCAGCGCUCCAGUUUACUCUUGCCAACAGGCCUGCCUGUGCGCAGCAUUGCACUCCUAGAACCUUAAACACUGACGAUGGUUUGGGCCUUCCGAACCACCCCAAAGAGCAGCGUAGCGAGCAAUGGUAAAAGCUCCGGACUGCACUGGUCUCAGGAGCCCCUGCACACGCCCGCUCUCCCCUGUCCUCUCGGGAACCCCGAGGCCACCCGUCCCGCACCUCUGCCCAUGCUCCGCCCUCACCAGCCGUCAGCAGCCCCCCCUCAGGGAUGUAGCAGACCACCCUCUGCCAGCGCUUUAGGCGGGAAGCGAAGGGCUGCUGUGGGGAGCACCCGCCUGCCGAGGGGCUGUGGCCCCUGGGUCCACGUUCAGGGCGAUGGUCCCCGGAGCUGAGCUGCCGGGAGGGGCCUGUGCCAAGAACAGGCCGCCCCACCCUGCAGCCGGGUGCCCCCCACGGCAGCCUUCCCGAAACAUAGUAUGAAUUUUUAAAAUUCGUUUAUUUUUGUUUCUCAACCACUUUAUAAUGUAUUUAAUUUAUUUUGUAAUGUCUUGUUUUUAAGUAUUGCUGCUAUCCUUGUUAUUCUUCCCACUGUUUUUAUUGCUGAUUUAUUUUGUGAAAGUUGUACACUAAUGUUCUGUUUUAUGUCAAAAUCAAAAGUAUUUAAAGAAAUACUAGUUCUAUUUAAUGUGGUUACGGAACCAGCUGGAAACAAGAGACAAACAGCGACUGUACAGCAGGCUGGACCAGGAGGGGAGGUCAUUUUGUUACAUAUGCAAUAAACUCACGACUUUACA